AUGAGUCUCAACAUCUGUUCCUUCCCAUCACCAAAAAAUGUCGGAAUCGGUGCGAUCGAGUUCUAUUUCCCACAAAACUAUGUGGAACAGGCAGAAUUGGAAAAGGUGAGCGCGUUUUCCUCAUCGUUAGUGUCAUAAUUUCGUUGCAGUACAACAAUGUGCCCGAUGGAAAGUAUACGAUCGGACUCGGACAGCAGCAAAUGGGGUUUUGUGCCGAUAAUGAAGAUAUUGUGUCGAUCAGCCUGACGGUUACACGAAACCUGCUCGACACUUAUAAGGUACCAUUUUAUUUAAUGCUUCCUCAGUUUUGUGUCCCGUUUAGAUCCCAACAGAUUCGAUUGGCUGCCUCGUUGUAGGUACUGAAACGAUGAUCGAUAAAAGCAAGAGUGUGAAGACAGCACUAAUGGACCUUUUCCCAGGAAAUUCCGAUAUCGAAGGAGUUGAUAUCAAAAACGCCUGUUUUGGUGGAGCCCAAGUAAUUUUAAAGUUAAAAAUGUAUAAUAUACAAAUUUCAAAGUUUUCAGGGUUUAUUGCAUGCAGUUGAUUGGGUUACAGUCAAUCAACCUGUGGAUAACAAAAACGCCAUCGUCGUUAUUGCGGAUAUCGCAAUUUACGAAGCUGGUCCAGCAAGAUGCACGGGAGGAGCUGGUGCCAUAGCCUUUUUGAUUUGCCCAGAUGCUCCAAUUCCCAUCGAUCGACAAUUUGCUGCUUGUCACAUGAAAAACACAUGGGAUUUCUUCAAACCGAUCAGUAUGCUUUCAUUUUUAGGACCAAUUCAUACUUCUUUUGUUCCAGCUGCCACCGCAAGCGAGUAUCCAGUUGUCGAUGGAUCUCUUUCCCUAGCUUCUUAUCUGGAAGCGGUACGAGUGUCGUAUACGAAUUUCGUAUCAAAAGUUUCCCGUCACACAACAGGUUGCGUUAAUUUGGAAUAUUUCGACGCGAUUUUUCUCCACUCGCCUUUCACAAAAAUGGUACAAAAAGGCCUGGCUGUAAUGAGCUACACCGAUUCGUGCUUACGCCACAGUUGCCAGUAAGUGUUAUUCACAAGUCUUCAGAAAAAGUUUACAUCUUGCAGAAACGGAAAUUCUAUGAAAGAGAAGCUAGAUGAGAACGAUCGUUCUGCAUUGUCGAAAAUGAUUGAGUUGUCAUCCGAAGUAUGGAAGAAGAAAACUGACCCUUUCCUCACAUUCAAUCGCCGAAUAGGAAAUAUGUACACUCCAUCGUUGUUUGCUCAGCUUUUAGCAUAUCUAGCCUCUGAGAACUGGUAACAUUUUUUCUAUUAUAGGGGCACAGAACAGAAAUGGCGCUCUGUUGAGAAACUCUUUUUGCAGUGCAAAUUGAGCGACCUCGGGGCCGAGUUUGAAAAAUUAGGCCACAUUUUCAGUGGAAAAUUACUUUGCGGCCUAGAAAUUCGGCCAGAUUGCAAACAGCGCGCCCUUUCUGUCCGGUACCCCUAUAAUAAGUUAGAGCUAAUUGACAAUUUUUCAGCAUUACGGAAUCAGGUAAAAAUAUUCUAUUUUUCGCAUACGGCAGUGGACUCGCUUCUGCAAUUUUUCCGGGAAGAGUUAGGCAAACUGCAAGUCUCGAUCAAAUACGGCAAGUUGCUCUCUCCGCUGUGCGUCGUCUCGACAGUAGGCAUCGACGUACGGCUGAGGAAUUCACAUACGCUCUGAAGAUGAGAGAAACGUUCCUUCGCUCGGAAGGUAAGACGAAGUUUUCCAGGUUUUUCAACGGCUCAAACGAACAUAGUUUGAAUUUCCUCCCGCAUUUUUUCCAAAACGUUUUCUAAAGUUGUUAGACAGAGCUGGGCCGAUGUUCGACUGGCAUUCGCGCUCUUCCGCGUUUCUCGUAAAUAAGUGUCAAGUUGAAAAAGUUCACGGUUGCAGACGGAUUUUGACGUGGAAUUGCGAUGUGAUGCUCGUAAAUCUUUGCACCUGAAUUUUAGUGAAAACUUUUUCUGUCUUUAAAACAAACCAGUUCUUCUCUGGACCGAUAACAGGAAGUCAUGUGAAUACCGAAAUGACGUCGUUUAAACCUUGCCAGUCUGGUCCUGCUUACAGAGCUGCCACGAAUUCCUUACAAGUCGUCACUUUUCCCGAACACUUUCUACCUCGAAAGCAUGGACAAACUUUAUCGAAGACAAUACGCCAUUCACGAAGAGCCAAAUGGGUUAAAAAACGGAAAUGGAGUCCAGCAUUGA